CCCGCCACAGCCUCAGCUCCCCUCAAAAAAAAUUUCAGUCUCGCCCAUUUGAGAAAAAAGGUUUCAGCCUCCCACCCGCCCCCCCGGAUUCGAGCCCCCUCUCCCUUCCCUUCCCCACCCGAUCGCUCCGGGGCGCGCGGUUAGGGCUGGGCUGGGAGUUGGGGCCUAGGGUUUGGAGGUUCGGAGCCCGAUGGCGGGGGCGGAGGGGGACGGCAGCGAGCGGCAGGGGACGGCGGAACGGCGGAUACUGCGGUCGCGGUACCUCGCCGUGAAGAACCUCAUCAGCGAUGAGAGGGAUGAGAUGGCGAGGGCGGAUUCGGACAAGUUCACGGCCAUCAUUACGCAGGUGGAGUGCCUGCACGAACUCGUACAGAGACCUAGGGAGCAAAUAGCUGAUGCAGAAGCUCUACUGGACAUUGCAAACACUCUGGUUACAUCUGUGAGGUCCCAAUCAAGUGAAGGAAUCACCCCUUCUGAUUUCGUAACAGCAUUGCUGAAGAAAUUUGGGCAGCAAGGGAGCCUUGAUGCUGAGGCUGCCUCACUGCGCUGGGGUGAUGUUGGGCUCUCUGUCUCACAUGUCUUUAGGGCUGUGCCUGGAUGCCGCACCAUGCUUGGACCCAUGAAUACAGAAGUAAAACAGCGGAAGGUUCCAGCUGUUGGUAGGAAACGGACUGCUAGGCCAACCGAAAACACUUGCCCUGAAGAGCUUGCUGAUUCUUCAGAGGAAGUAAAGACAGACACCGACAGAAAUGUGUUGGUUAUAUUUGAUAUCCUGAGGCGGAAGAAGAGUGCAAGGCUGGAAAACCUUGUUUUGAACAGGCUUUCAUUUGCCCAAACAGUUGAGAAUAUUUUUGCACUUUCUUUCUUAGUGAAAGAUGGCAGGGUGGAAAUAAAUGUAGAUGAUAACGGUCAUCAUAUAGUACGUCCAAGAAAUGCACCUGCUGCUAGUGCCAUAGCCUCAGGAGAAGUCACCUACAACCAUUUUGUUUUUAGAUUUGAUUUCAGAGAUUGGAAGCUUAUGAAAGAAAUUGUCGUGGAGGGGGAAGAACUGUUGCCGCACAGGACCUCCCAGAGUGCUCCCUGCACUGAAGAGAAUGAUCAGCCAGAGCUGGAGGCACGGGCGCAAAGAACGCCAAUCAGAAAACUCUCUCGGAACCGAGGCUUGGUUUUGCAGGAUCUGGUAGUCAAGGAAACACCCGAGGAGAACCAAACGUCCAAGCGCAGGCGUCUUUUCAGAGAUAAAGAAUGAACUUUGCUAGCCUGGCAUGUGUAGUGUAGGGACACCUAGCAGCCUGCCUUGCUGUGUAUGUAGAAAUACGGAAUCGCCCGAAUAACUUAUCUUUGACUAGGGUUUUUAGGGCAGUUGCGAUAUAGCACAACUGCUCUGUGCUAGUUUUGAUGAACUAUGAAUCCCAACAUAUUGUUUAGACCCCCUUUCAGAUCUCAUUUUUCAGAACAAGAUCAGAUGAGCUGAA